AUGUCCUCAUUCUUCUUCUCCACGCCAGUCGACAUCGACAUCGUGCUCGACGAUGCGGACGAACGCCAAAUGGUCGAUGUCAAGCUUGACAAGAACCGACGUGAGAAGGCUCCCUUAUAUCUCGAUGGCGAAUCCGUCAAAGGUGCAGUCACCAUCAGACCGAAAGAUGGGAAGCGGUUAGAACACACGGGGAUCAAAGUGCAGUUUAUCGGAUUGAUCGAGAUGUUCUUUGACCGGGGAAAUCACUACGAGUUUCUCUCUCUUGGACAAGAGCUUGCCGCCCCGGGCGAGCUACAACAUCCGCAAACCUUCCCAUUCAACUUCAAGAACGUCGAAAAGCAGUACGAGUCCUACAAUGGCAUCAAUGUCAAGUUACGAUACUUCAUCCGAGUCACCGUGUCCCGACGGAUGGCCGACGUGAUCCGCGAGAAAGACAUUUGGGUCUAUUCAUACCGCAUUCCCCCAGAGACGAACAGUUCGAUCAAGAUGGACGUCGGCAUCGAGGAUUGUUUACACAUCGAGUUCGAAUACUCCAAAAGCAAAUACCAUCUCAAGGACGUCAUCGUCGGCAGAAUAUAUUUCCUGCUUGUCAGACUGAAGAUCAAACAUAUGGAAUUGUCCAUAAUACGGAGGGAGACGACCGGCGUUGCGCCCAACCAGUACAAUGAGAGCGAGACGUUAGUAAGAUUUGAGAUUAUGGACGGCUCUCCCUCGCGAGGCGAGACCAUUCCUAUACGACUCUUCCUCGGCGGCUUCGACUUGACACCCACGUUUCGCGAAGUGAACAAAAAAUAUUCCGUCCGGUAUUACCUCAGCCUUGUGCUGAUUGAUGAAGACCCACCAGGGCCUUUUCAGUUGCUUGCGUCCAAAGAUCUGUUGGAGGUUGGCGAGGCACUGUCAUCCCUGGAGUAA